GCGCGUUGCUCACGGAUAUUUCUCGCGCUAUAGACUGUUGGGUGGAAGCGCUGGUGUCGGGAAAGUGCAGUGUGGAUAAGUGAACGGAACUUUCCCUGCGUGUUUUAUAGCUAGAUAAUCACAACUGAAGGCAUUAACUAGCCUCUGUUGUGGGAGCUGGAAUGACAGAAACGCUGCGUAAUCGGGACCGCGCGGUUGUAAUGACCGGGGACUCGUGCGCUUUGGCACCGGAGGGAGCACUAAGCUUUAACUGAGGAGUUGAGAACCAACAGACAAAAGCAGCAAGGUGCAAGACGGCUAAUCUUUCUGUUAACUAAUUUGCAAUAUGCAAAUGUAGAAUAUAAAGUGGAAAGUGUUCGCGUUGUCGCAUUUUGCUCAUCCCGAACCGUGCCAAUGCUGGAAUGGCUUUUGGCUCUGUGCUUUGUGAUCCUGGUGGUCUCAAUCUGGCCAGGCUCCAAAUAUUUCUGUACCGAGAGCCAGCGCGAUGCUUUGCUUCAGAGAUUUGGAAUUUUACAGCAGGUGGCGAAAGGCAAGACGGAGAAGUGCGUCUCGGAGCGAGAGGGGAGCGACGAUGCCCAGUCGGCCUGCGUGGGCGCUUUGACCGGUGAGAAGCAACGCACCGUGGCGCUAAUAUGUAAACCUUCCGCGCUGGCAAACUACCUGCUGAAGCACUGCUGGACUUUCAGUAACUACUCACCGUGUGUCGGCUGGACAUGGCGGGCCAGCGCCUUUCUCCAGAGUGUUUACGAGGCGUGCUGGCCGUACGAAAGCCCGGUCCAGUUUGUGCGAGAUAACCUGCAGCUAAGUGAUGACGGAGUGGUGGCCUUGGACUGGGCUGUGCCAUCCUACCAGAAACGUCGCAGGACUUCGAGUCACUCCACCAGUCCGGUUCUUCUUAUCAUUCCAAACUCUUUUGGGAAGAUCACUAGAAAUGUCCUGAAGUUGUGUGAAAUGGCACUGUCCCAUGGCUACCUUCCCGUGGUAUUCAAUCGCCGCAACCACAACAGCUGCCCACUUACAACCGUGAAACUGCAGCAGUUUGGUGAUCCUGCAGAUCUACGAGAGGCUGUGCGCUACAUUCGCUACCGGCAGCCUGCGGGUAGACUGUAUGCAGUGAGCGAGAGCUCAGGGUCGGGCCUUCUGCUGUCCUACCUGGGGGAGUGUGGAUCUUCAAGCUACGUGACGGCGGCUGUCUGCCUGUCUCCUGUGUUCCGCUGCCAGAGCUGGUUUGAGAGUGGGCUGUGCUGGCCCCUGCAGGGGGCGUUGGUGCUGUACCAGAAAAUAUGUCUCAGCAGAUACAGGACCGUGCUGGCUGAGACCCUGCAGACAGACACUCUGUUCUCCAGCCAUUCUUUGCGUGGCCUGGAGGAAGCACUAUUUUGUCAGCCUGGAUAUCCUGACUCUACACCUGCAGCACCAACAGGAAACGACUGUAGCAGCAAUACAUCAAUUACCUGGGAUGCUUACUGGGAACACAAUGAACCCUUAAGAGAUGUGGAUGAAGUGGCCAUUCCUGUUUUGAGCGUGUGUGCUAAGGAUGACCCUAUCCGUGGAGACGCCCAGUCCACAGUCCCCUUGGAACUUUUUGAAACAAAUCCACAUUUUUUUCUCCUCCUAACUGACCGUGGAGGUCACUGCGGUUUCUCCACCCAAUCUGAAGGGAAUGAUGCUGGUGCUGUGGGUGCAGUGGGCUCCGUGGCUGCAUCAAACAGAGGGAUGGAGAGUCACGGGAUCAACUGGAGCCACAGAGCUUCACUGGAAUUCUUUAGGGCCACCACGGACUUCUUCAAUGCAGAGGAGAGAGCGAAGCAGCUUGCUUCAAGGAGGAGGGGCCUGGGAGGAGCUGCAGGAGGAAGAUUUUUUCGCCACCGCAGCGUCAGUACAUGUAAAAGAGUGCCAGCUUGUUCUCAUAAUAUCCAUGCUAUUUACAGCUGGCAGAGAUCCUACACACGAUGAGGAAGCUUUAUGGAGAUUAAAGGUACCCUGUGGAGUUUCUGUGUAAUCACAUUCAGCUAUUCCAUUUUAGUAAACCAAAAAGGGAGAAAGUUUUAACUUUUACAUUCAGAUACACUUUAGUCCUCAACAGAGCUGACCUUUCUGCUGGCUCCUUUGACUCGUCUUGCCUCCCAUUGUUCAUGCGUUGUUGUAUUAUACAUGAUGCUCGAUGCACAUGUAGAUGAGUGGAAUGGUGUAACGCCAUAUGUGUGUACAUGUGCAUUGUUGUGUAUGUAUGUG